AUGAUCAUAAUGCAAUCAACCAACGGGCUUCUCCUCUGCAGAUGCGCUUGCGAGACUAACCAAUUCAACACAAUUUACUAUGUGACAAAUUACAAUCCCACACCAAAACAGAAUACUCUUCUCCCUCAGAUCAUCAUUGAUGACCUCGCGCUCUCUCUAGCCUUUCAUCCUUCUAAAUCUCCUCACUAUACUUUUUGCCUCAGAAGAAUUAUCAAGAAAUCUGCUUUUUCUGUCUCUGACGAUCACCUCUACCACAUAUAGAGGUUUAUUCCUCCAAAGAUGGAACUUGGAAGGAGAGUUUUUCCGGCUCCUCAUCCUUUAAACUUUAAAGCGUUCGACAACGCAGUCUUCUGGAAUGGCACAGUUCACUGGUUCGGUUUCCACUCAAGAGAUUGCCUCUCUUUCGAUAUCAGUCAAGAGCAAAUCAAGAUUCUUCAACUUUUUGUUCACGAAAUGGAAAAGAACAGCUUAAGCUGGUCCGUGAAGUAUAAUGUUGAUUCAGAGCCUCUUGCAGUUGCGUUUCCCGAGAUGAUCAGAACCGAAAACUUCACCAAUAGGCGGCUCUACACGUUCUCUGUCAUCGGUACUGUAAAGGAAGAGAUGGAUGCAGAAUCAUACAUCCUGCUUCACAUUCCAAACAAGACUGUAAAGUACAGCUUCAUAGACAAGACUUUCAAGAAACUUUGCAGUUUCGAGCCAUCAUUCUACGAUGCUCUUUCUUUAGUAUCAGUUCUGCGGAUUCCAAAGAUCUUUCAAGUUCUUUGAGUCUCUUGCUAACGUCUAA